GGAGCUCCUGGUCAGUCCACGUUCUAAUCAGGAGUAUCAGUCCACGUUCUGGCCCAAGUGAUGGUGGUUGGCGCUCUGGGUCAGUCCACGUUCUGACUCAGAGUAUCAGUCCACGUUCUGAGCCUUCACCAUUGCGAAUCUACAUCUUAUCUUGCUUGAAGUUGCUAUUUUGCUGUCAACUUGUCGUGGAUUCUGAACGUUCAAAAAAUGGGUUGCAGGCCUAUUGGGAGGGAGUAAUCCAUAAACGGAAGAAGCUUGCAGUGAAACGCACCCACGUUCUUGGCAGUCUUAGUCUUUUAGACGAAGCCGGGAAAUACAAUGUUGACGGUCUCUCUUCCGAAGGAUUCUCGGACUCCUUCCUCGUUGACGUGUCGUCCACAUCCAAACACACUCUUGAUAGUAAGGGUUUAAUUUCUCAGAGGGCUAAGAAGAUUAAAACAACCAAUGAAGAUGAGUCGGUGGAUUUGGAAGAGAAUGGUAUAGGAAUAUAUUCAGAAAAUGACGAUGGAGAAAAACUUGAGGACCAUACAGUUUCCAAUGAAGAACUACCAUGUUGGUCAUCUUAUGAAAAAACGUUCCAAGAAAUUUCAGAAGACAAAAAAUGGCGUUUGUCGUCAUCACAGAGAAAUGUAGAAGAUGUUCUUCAUGAGUACGCCUUGAAAUUGGAGGAGGAGCAAUUAAUUCAUUCCUUUGGAAAAAAGAGCGCGAGAGUAUGG